GCGAGAGGGGGAGCUCUGUCUCUCUGUCCCUCCCUCUCAACCCUCCCUCCCUUCCUCCUGGCUCUCUGUCUCCCUCCCUCUUUCUCCUCGGAAGCUGAAGAGCCGGUGAGGCGGUGGAAGCAGCAGCAGCAGCAGCAGCAGCCACCACCGCCACAGCCGCCGGAGCAGUAGCUGCAGCCCAGCUCUCUCCUUUCCUCUUUCCCUCCUUUCCUCCCUCCCUCCUGUGUUGUGAGUGUGACGCGGGGUGGCAGAGGGAGAAAGAGAGAUACAGAGAGAGACGGUUCUUGGACUUAGCCCGGGAGAGGAGCGAACCCUGCGAUCAGUAUUCGGGGCUCCGAACUCCGAGACGCCGGGAGCCGAGUGCAGGAAGGGAGGGAGCGAUCGAGCUCAGCAGCUCAGCAGAGGCAGAGCCCCGGGGCAGAAAGCUUACAGGGGGAUCCAGGCUCCGGACAGACCCCGGGAGCCACCAGUAGCCAGGAGAGCGUGAGCUCCUGAGCUCUGGGGACCCGAGGGCAGAGCUCGGAGCUAGAGAAGCUAGCAGACAGCCGGUAGCAGUCGACAGACGUCAGUCUCCCGCCAGGGAGCUUUGGACCCUGGGACCAGCGGCGCCGGGAGCCUGGAGAGCAGGGAGCGAGCAAGCGUCCCUUGAUCUAAUCCGAGGAGCAGCACCCCUUACCCCACCUCUCACUCAGCCCCCCUCCAUAUUCCUCCCCACUCCUGGACGUGGUUGGGGGCAUGUGAGCUGAAAGCCGCUGCAAUCGGUAACGAUCAUCCCGAGGGAGAAGCCCUGCCCCAGCAAAGGACGGAGCUGGAGCCGGAGCCGGGAGAGUAAUUCUUCCUCUUAGAAGAGAAAGCACGAGCCAAGGGGAGUAAGAUUAAGAGGAAGUCACCAGGGAGAGACACUGCCUCCUCUCUGUGGGUAAACUCAUGGGCUUGGAUAACGCGUGGUCUUUCUUGCUGUGCCAUACCAUUCAGAGAAAGUAUGGCGCAGAAGAAAAACAACCCCCACUCUGCAAAAAGUGCUGAGAGCGUGGAAUUUAACUCAGACAUGAGAUCAGGGCAGAAGAUAACAUUCGUUGUUUGUCCCCUCUGGGUUUGAGUUGCGCUCCCGGAAGCAACUCGAGGUGCCUGGAGUACGUCGACUAUCUCCACUGUAGAGUCAACUUGCGCUGCUCCAUAAUUUCAUCUGUGACCCUUGGUCCUGGGAUCAAGUCCCUUCCCUGCACUCACUUUUGCAGGAUGUCCAUGAGGAGCCCCAUCUCGCCCCAGCUGGCACCCGAUGGCAUUGGGACCAUGGUGAACUGCAUUGUCAAGGCAGAAGAAAAGAAGGAGAUAUGCCAGGAGGCCCCAUCCAGCCAGCAGGUGCCAGCCCCUGCUGUGGAGCCCUUGACUGGAGACCCAGCCCGGGCACCCCAGGAAGGAGCUGACUCAAGUGGCCCACCCCAGGACUGCGGGUCCCCAAAGAGUGAUGUGCCACCAGAACCUAGGAGAUCAGGGCCUGAGCCAGCCACUGGAAGCCAAGAAAAGCUGGAUUUCAAUCGGAAUUUGAAAGAAGUUAUACCCACCAUUGAGAAGCUUCUGUCCAGUGACUGGAGAGAGAGGCUUCUGGGAAGAAGCAUUGUGGAAACCAAAGAUGUCAAAGGGACCCAAGAAAGCCUGGCAGAAAAGGAACUUCAGCUCCUGGUCAUGAUCCAUCAGCUGUCCACUCUUCGGGACCAGCUCCUGACAGCUCACUCAGAGCAGAAGAAUAUGGCUGCCAUGUUGUUUGAGAAGCAGCAGCAACAGAUGGAGCUGGCCAGGCAGCAGCAAGAGCAGAUAGCAAAGCAGCAGCAGCAACUCAUUCAGCAGCAGCACAAGAUCAACCUCCUCCAGCAGCAGAUCCAGCAGGUCAACAUGCCUUAUGUCAUGAUCCCCGCGUUCCCUCCCAGCCAUCAGCCCAUGCCUGUCACCGCUGACUCCCAACUGGCACUACCUAUUCAGCCCAUCCCUUGUAAACCAGUGGAGUACCCGCUGCAGCUCCUGCACAGCCCCCCUACCCCUGCUGUGAAGAGGCCUGGGGCCGUCUCUACCCAUCACCCUCUCCAGGAGUCUUCACAGCCUCUGAACUUGACUGCCAAGCCCAAAGGUCCGGAGCUGCCCAACACCUCCAGCUCCCCCAACCUGAAGAUAAGCACCUGUGGUCCCCUCCCAGCCAACCAUGGGGCUCCCACCCGGGACCUCCAGGCCAGCCCACCCAGUCUACCCCUAGGCUUUCUCGGUGAGGGCGAUGCAAUCACCAAAGCAAUCCAGGAUGCCCGACAGCUGCUGCAUGGCCACAGUGGACCCAUUGAGAGCUCUCCUAAUGCCUCUUACAGGAAGGACCUCAUCAACCUGGAGUCAUCCCCAGCCAAGGAUCGGCUGGAGGAGAGCUGUGGGCACCAGCUAGAUGAGACCAUGCUGAGCUGUGACAUGGAUGGUUCCCGACACUUCCCCGAGUCCCGGAACAACAAUCACAUUAAGAGGCCCAUGAAUGCCUUCAUGGUGUGGGCCAAGGAUGAACGGCGAAAGAUCCUCCAGGCCUGUCCUGACAUGCAUAACUCCAGCAUCAGCAAGAUUCUUGGUUCCCGCUGGAAGUCCAUGACAAACCAGGAAAAGCAGCCGUACUAUGAGGAACAGGCACGGCUGAGCCGCCAGCACCUGGAGAAGUAUCCUGACUAUAAAUACAAGCCUCGGCCCAAGCGUACGUGCAUCGUGGAGGGCAAGCGGCUACGAGUAGGAGAGUACAAGGCUCUGAUGAGGAACCGACGCCAGGACGCGAGGCAGAAUUACGUUAUCCCCCCACCAGGCAAUCAGAUGCAGAUGAGCUCCCCAGAUGUCCUGUAUCCCAGGGCACCCGGCAUGCCGCUGGCACAACCCCUUCUGGAGCACUAUGUGCCCCGGAGCCUGGACCCCAGCAUGCCUAUCAUUGUCAACACCCGAAGCCUUAAAGAGGAGAGCGAGGGAGCCGAGGACGGGCACUCUGUGGCCGAUGGGGAGAUGUUCCGGUACAGCGAGGACGAAGAUUCCGAAGUUGAGGAGAAAAGUGAUGGAGAGUUGGUGGUGCUUACAGACUGAGCGGGGCUCAGGGGCUCAUGCCCUCUUGCUCCCCCCAGUCAUAUCUUUAAAGGGGGAGGGAGGAGGCUAACAAGGGCUUGUCCCCUGGCCCUAUCAAGCACCACCAGCAGACUUCGACUGUGUAGGUACCUUGACAGGGAUGUGUCCGGGAAAUGGGCACAGCUGUGCAUAUGUACAUACAUCUAUGCAGGGGAAAUGGGAUCAGGAAAGGUUGAAUCCUACUCUAGGAUGUUUGGCCUGGAAGUAGGCAUCCUCUCUCUUCAGGGGCUUCAGAGCAAUGGAAUUGGUGUGGACUUUAGGAAACAGGGGGGCACCUGAGUUCCUAGAAAAGGGAAGCUUCAUAGUCUGGCCCAGCUUCCUAUCAUCAACCAAGUAAUGCCACAAGUCCCCUGAUAUUCAUACCAAGGAGCUUAUUGUAUGACUAGCGCCCUCUACUCCCUCCCUGUUUGGGGUCCUGGUUGCUGCAGCCCCCUCCCCAUACCCUCUUUUCUCAUCUCCCUUGAUCAGCCAGGAGGGUGGUGUAUAUUUUGCGUGUCCAUUUGAUCCAUCUGCUCCCUACCCUCCACUCUAUUCAUACCCCACGUCUGGGGUAGCAUACCUCCUCAUUCAUUCUACAUCAGCUUCCUGCAGGGCUUUCUUUCCCAGCCCCCAUAGGUCUCUUCCCAGAGUCUACGUGUGCUUGGUGUGACUGAGCCCAGGCUGGGUGUGAGUCUCUCGUCCCUCUGCCUUUUCCCUUGACUUCUUCAUCCCCUCAUUCCUUUCCACUAGACUGUCUGUCUUGGUGUAUCCAGCCUGUGUGUGUAUCUGAGUGGAUGUAUUAGUGUAGGGGUGUGUGUGUGUGUGUGUGCGUGUGCGCAUGCUCGCGUGCACAUGUGGCUGCUAUGUCCCCAUUCCAGGGGAUUCCUGUGUCUCAGGAUUCCUGAGGGGAGGCUUCUUUCUGUGCGUCUCUGACUUUUCUGACUCUGGAUCUCUCUUGUCAGUGAGCAUCAUUAGACUCUCUCCCUUUCUGUAGCUCUCUGUGGGUCUCAGGUUCUCUUUCUUUUUUUGUGUUUCUGUCUCUCUGUCCUGGGUCUGUUUCCUUAUCGAUUCGCUCCUCCCUGGCAGGAUGCCCCUACCCUUCUGGAGCCACCGUCCAUGUCUGGACAUCUCUGUGUGUCUUUGGGUCUCAGUGACUGGAGCUGUCAGCCACCCUGACCUCCUCCCUCUCCUGUUCACUGACUGCCAGUCAAUUCCCACGGAGCCAUUUUUAGCUCUGAGACGCCUGAGAACACAGCCUCUCCAAGGGGCUACCCGGCCCCCUAGCCCUAGGCUGCCCAACUUAGGCCCUGGUUCCCAGCAGAGGGGAGUGGGGGGAGGGAAAUGGGACCUUUUCCAGUGCCCUGGAAGCUGGGAUCUGAGAAAAGUGGCUGAGGCCAGAAAGGCAGGUGCUAGGAGAGACUGACUACCUGCGUCAUCUAGUCUUGGCCCUGUCUGAUAGACAAGGUCAGUUUGGACAAGGUUGGAAUGAUGGGCAUCAAAGAUUGCCCAAGGUGGCCAAGGCUGCUUCCAGAACUGUCUGGCCCUGCUGGCCCUGGGAGGGAAGGAUAUGUAUGUGUGUGAGUCACUUUGUUUAUUUGGGGGGGGAGAUGAGGAGUCUCAGUUGCCCUUUCCCUACCCUUCUUUCCCUUGGCUACUGUCCUUCCCUAUUUCUUUCUCCACCCUCACCCUCCACCCCCUUGCCAUUGACCCCACCCCUUGGCUAGGGGACUUGACUUUGCCCAUGAUCAGUCUCUCAUUUUAUUUAUUUAUUUCCACCCCCAAGAAAGUCACAUCCCAUUGGAGAGGAACACUGAGGGGGCAGGGAGAGAGCUCUGGGGUCAGGAGGAGGGGACUCAAUCCAGCUGGGACAGAUGUGGAAACCAAGCCUACCCUUUGUCCCAUCCACCCCCAUUCCCCACCUCAGCCCCUUUCCUAAGUCCCCAUCUCUCUCCAGAGUUAUUCCUUUUUUACAACUGUAAACAUAGACAGGGCUUUAUUUUGUUAAUAAGAUGAUGAGCAACUUAACCUGUAUAUUUCUCCUGACCUGUUUACAAUCUGGGGAUUUUUUUUUUCCGGUUGGCACAAUAAAGAGAGAACAUUUUG